AUAGAUGACACUAGUUUAGUUUUUAAAUUUUACACAUGAUCGUGGCCAAUAAGAGUUGAUACGAGACGUUAAUUUUUCAAAAUGUCCAGAAAAAAAUUUAUUGAUAUUGGUGCAAAUCUUACUGAUGCUAUGUAUCAAGGUGUUUACUACAACCGUAAUCAUCAUGUAGCUGAUAUUAAAAAUGUUAUAGAACGAUCGAAGGAAAUUGGCCUUGAAAAGAUUAUGAUAACUGGUGGUACAUUGAAUGAAAGCCGAAAAGCAUUAGAAUUAGCUCGAACAGAUCCGUUACUUUAUUCCACUGCCGGUUUUCAUCCAACUCGUUGCCUAGAAUUAGAGGAUGAUACAGAAGUCAAAAUUCAAGAGCUGAUCAAGCUUUGCCAUGAUAAUCCGGAUAAAGUGGUUGCAGUUGGUGAAUUUGGUCUCGACUAUGACCGGUUGGAAUUUUGUCCAAAAGAUGUUCAAUUAAAAAAUUUUACUAAACAAUUAGAAGUGGCUGAACAAACUCGAUUGCCAUUAUUUUUACAUUGUCGUAAUGCAGCCAAUGAUUUAUUGUCAAUAUUGAAGACGAAUCAUGAUCGAUACACUGUCGGUGUUGUACAUUCAUUCGAUGGCCAUUAUAAUGAGGCAAUGUCAUUCAUCAAUAUGGGAUUUUAUAUCGGUUUGAAUGGUUGUUCAUUAAAAACUGACGACAAUCUCGAAGUUGUUCGAAAAUUACCUGUCGAUAAAUUGAUGAUUGAAACUGAUUGUCCUUAUUGUGAAAUCAAACCAUCACGUACAAGUUUUAAAUUUAUCCAAACAAAAUUUGAAUCUGUAAAAAAGGAAAAGUGGACUGCCAAAAAAAUGGUCAAAGGACGAAAUGAACCUUGUACGAUUAUACAAGUUUUAGAAGUGAUUGCUGCCAUCAAAGAAAUGGAUGAACAAGAAUUGGCAGAUCAAUUGUAUGCUAAUACAAUCAAAGUAUUUUUUUCCAGUAAAAAGUGAAUUUACUUUUGAUGUGAUUAUUAAUAAUUUUUUACACAUCUACUUUUUUUUGACAUUCUACCAAAUAAAUUCAUGCAAAACACUAAUAUCCACACCAACACAAACUGACUCUAUGUACACAAAAUGGAAAUAAUUACGAUAAAAUAUUAGGUUGUUAAGUAUUGAAAAGAAUAAGAAUGUAAAGGUGGGAAUGUAAAGAGAAACAUCCACUGGAAAUGAAAAUUUACAAAAAUCAGGAAUGACAACCAUGUUUUUGUUGGUUUGUUCGCCAAUUUAUAUUAUUUAAUUAAACGCCAAACAAAAAUCCAAGA